AGAGUGUGACAGAAAUUUAACGACCAAAACCUACCAUAUGCGAAAGGGAAAGAUCCUCCGUAAAUUCAGUUAAUCACGCCAUUACUUACGCCCUUUUCUUCUUUAUAUAUACCCCCCUCCCCUCCCCUCCAAUUAAUCACUACACCCACCUACACAUUACCCCACAAACACACACCAAUGGCACCACAGUUUCUCUCUCUCAUCCUCCUCUCUCUCUUCUCUCUUACCUUAAUCUCUGCCACAGUACAACAUCCUCAGCACACAGUACAACAAGUACAAAGGAGCUUGAAUGAGUCAAGGCGAAAUCUGGGUUUCUUGUCCUGCGGGACAGGAAACCCAAUUGACGACUGCUGGCGGUGCGACCCUAACUGGGAGAAGAACCGUCAGCGUCUGGCGGACUGCGCCAUUGGGUUUGGGAAGGGAGCUGUUGGGGGUAGGGAUGGGAAGAUUUAUGUAGUUACCGACUCGGGUGACGACGAUGCCGUAAACCCGAAGCCUGGGACUUUACGACAUGCCGUCAUUCAGGAUGAGCCGCUCUGGAUUAUUUUCCAGCGUGACAUGGUGAUUAGACUCAAAGAAGAGUUGAUCAUGAAUAGUUUUAAGACAAUUGAUGGUCGUGGUGCGAGCGUGCAUAUAGCGGGUGGACCGUGCAUUACAAUACAAUACGUUACCAACAUUAUAAUUCACGGAAUUAAUAUUCACGAUUGUAAGCCGGGUGGGAACGCGAUGGUUCGCAGUUCUCCGCGGCAUUUCGGGUGGAGAACUAUAUCGGAUGGUGACGGUGUGUCGAUAUUUGGUGGAAGUCAUGUGUGGGUCGAUCAUUGUUCGUUAUCGAAUUGCGCUGAUGGACUGAUCGACGCGAUCAUGGGGUCCACCGCAAUUACAAUAUCUAACAAUUACAUGACCCACCAUGAUAAAGUAAUGCUUUUAGGCCAUAGUGAUUCGUAUGAGAAAGACAAGAACAUGCAAGUCACCAUUGCUUUUAAUCACUUCGGUGAAGGACUGGUCCAAAGAAUGCCAAGAUGCCGACAUGGUUACUUUCAUGUGGUGAACAAUGACUACACACAUUGGGAGAUGUAUGCAAUUGGAGGGAGUGCAAACCCUACCAUCAAUAGCCAAGGGAAUAGAUUCCUAGCUCCGGAUAGAAGAUUUAGCAAAGAGGUGACGAAGCACGAGGAUGCGCCACAAAGCGAUUGGAAAAACUGGAACUGGAGGUCCGAAGGGGACUUGAUGUUAAACGGUGCGUUUUUUGUGCCAUCGGGUGCUGGGGCUUCAUCAGUUUAUGCAAGGGCUUCAAGCCUUGGAGCUAGGCCCUCGUCGAUUGUCUCUGCCCUCACGACCAAUGCGGGAGCUCUCCAUUGCAAAAAGGGCUCCCGUUGUUGAUCAAAAUACGAUAACGCGAUACAUAAUUUUGACCCAUGAUUUUGGGGGUUUCCCUUUAUUAAUUACGGGGAUAGUUUUAUUUUAUAUUUUUCUUUUUUGUCACUUUUACUUUAUGAAGCUUUUUGAUUUUGACUAUGUUGUUCCCAAGUACAACCUCGGCUUGCUACUCUAUGGAAGCCAUUGGAUGUUUCAUAUUGGACACCAAAUGGUUGGGCUAUGCAAGUUACGUAGUGUUGUUAUGUAUACAUAUAAAACUUAUAUCUAUUCCAAGAAAUUUAUGUUAAGAUUUUAGCUUA